AUGGAAAAGGUGGUUACUGAGAUACCUCUAGAUCAUGCAGAUCGUGAUUCACCUAUGCUUAGGCGGUGUGUUAAGAGGAUGGUCCAAAAUGAAGUGAGCCCUGAGGAAGGAGCUUUGCUGGCUAGAGACAUGGGUGCUAUCUUUUUGAAACAGACCCCACAGAGUAAGAAAGAAAAGAAGAAGAAAGUGUUUGUUUCUAAAAAAGUUAGUGCCAUGAUUCAGAGCAGGAUUCCGGAGAAGUUACCUGAUCCAGGAAGUUUCGUGCUAGACUGCUCUAUCGUCACAGAAAGAUUUCCUCACUCUCUUUGUGAUCUUGGCUCUGGUAUCAACUUGAUACCAUACUCUGUUGCUGUGAGACUUGGGAUGACAGAUUUCAAGCCGACUAGGAUCUCUCUUAUCUUAGCUGAUAGAUCGAAAAGGAUUCCCAAAGGUAUUUUAGAGGAUGUUUUGAUAAGAGUUGGUGAAUGCAUGAUUCCUGCUGAUUUUGUUGUUCUUGAGUAUGCUAAAGAACCUAAGGAUCCUAUUAUCCUUGGGAGAUCUUUCUUGGCUACCGCUGGUGCUCUUAUAGAUGUUCAGAAAGGAAAGAUUGGACUGCAUGUUGGUGAUUUGGUUAUGAACUUUGACAUGGAACAGUUGAGAAGAGCACCUACUAUUGAUGGCCAUACAUUUCUGUAG